CCAAAUUUAUAGAAUUUGGUGCCGAGACAAACCCUUAUCAAAUUUACAGUGUCGACUGAAGAAUGGGUUGCUCAGCUCAAUUCUCCUCCUCUGUAGCGAUGAUACUUACAUCUUCCUGUAAGCAACAACAAUUCAACUCUCUCCCCAUUUCUUUUAUUUCAAAUCGCGCACACUUAUCUUCUUCCCGUUGUGUGCUCACUUUUGGUCGCCGACGAGGCAAAUCGUUUCCUUCAAUAGCCAACAAAAAGAAGCCAAGUUUGCCCCAGACUAAUAUUGGGGAGGAUGAUGAUUUGGAUGAAGAUGCUUUCGAAGCCCUCUUUCGUCAGCUGGAAGAAGAUCUGAAAAAUGAUGAUCCAUCUGCACUUGAUGGAGACGAGGAUAUAAGUGAAGAAGACCUUGCUCUGCUUGAACGGGAACUAGAGGAGGCACUGGGGGACGAAGAACUACAGAAAGCAUUUAGUUCAAGUGUUGAUGAAAGUGAAAUGGAAACUAGAAAAGAAGGCAUAAACAAUGAUGAAGAAGAAGACGACUAUGAUGAUGAGGAAGAAAAGCAAGUAGUUUUAAAAAAUUGGCAGAUUCGAAGAUUGGCAUAUGCAUUAAAGAAUGGUCGACGUAAAACAAGUAUAAAAAAUCUUGCCGCUGAGACAUGCCUUGAUAGAGCUUUUGUUCUCGAAUUACUUCGAGACCCACCACCAAAACUUCUUUUAAUGAGUGCUUCGUUACCUGACAUACCUGCUCCAACAAUUGUAGAGCCUAAAACUAAACCUGAGGAGGACGCUUCAUCAGAGAAUGCAAUAGAAUCUGAGGAAUUGGAUACGAAGAAACCAGGUUCUAAGGUGAAAGUCCCAGUUCACGCCAUGCAAAGCAGCUGGUCUGCACAGAAGCGAAUAAAGAAAGUACAACUUGAUACACUUGAAAGGGUUUAUGGAAGAACAAAGCGCCCAACUAAUGCCAUGAUUAGCAACAUCGUGCAUGUGACAAAUCUGCCUCGGAAAAGAGUUGUGAAAUGGUUUGAAGACAAACGAACUGAAGAUGAAGUUCCAGAUCGCCGAGUCCCGUAUCAACGAUCAACUCCCGAAACUGUAUCUUCCUCCUGAAUUUUGUAGUAGUAUUUAAUAGUAUAGUAUAGAUAUAAUGACUUUAUUGUGGUUCUUAAUGAUAUAUCAAGUUUCAUGCACAAUCAGUCCGCACAUCAUCAUUGCCUUGUUUUAGAAAUGUAUAUUUGUUUUCUUAA